UGCAGUAACUUCAGUCUCAAGUUUUGAAAAGACAGCUGGGACUAAAUCAAACUUUUCAGAGACUGUAUCUGAGGUGGACAGACUGGACAUUUGUUUAGAUUCACUUUUUAUAGAACCUUUUAUAUAUUUAAUUUUCCCCACAUUUAAUAAACCAAGUUCAUCUCUACCUCUUCAGAGUGUCUCUUUGUCCACACAAAGAAAUGCAGCGAUUGCACAGAUUGUUAUCAUAUUUUGUUCAUGGUCCCCAGAGGAUGAAUCCUGCUGACUCCUGUGACUUUUCCUUCGCACCGUGUGAGGUGAGGUUGUCAUUUGUAUUGGAUUGUGGUGAAAUUUGACUCAAAUGUUCCCCUCAGGAUUGAAUUCAGGUGGAGCCAGAAUCAUAACUGUAACUGUCAGAAUAACUGGUUCAGUUCUCCAGUCGUUAUUUGGCAGCUGCUGGUUCUUCAUGGUGAGACAGUCCAUCUGCAGGUGGACAAUUAUUCGUCUCUAUCAGCUCUGACUCCACCUGUGCAUUCAGACCAGUUUUCCCACUGACGGAGGCAGAUUCUGGUGCCAGUUAAUCAUUGCUGAUCUCCAUACACACACACACACACACACACUUUACAUGCACUGUUCAUUUCCAUCAGACAUGUUGUGUACCGCUGCCUGUUCGUUUCUUAUUCUUGUGUUUUGGGCUCCAGUUCACAGCGGGCCCCUGACAAACCCCCACCCCAACAUCACGGACCAGGAGCUGUUCUGGGGUGCCGACCAGUACGACUUCUCCGUGGUGCUUCCUGCUGCCGGGUUGGAGUGUUUCUGGCACUUCGCUCACCGCGGAGAGAGAUUCUACCUGAGCUUCAUGGUCCAGUGGGUGACGGGAGUCGGCCAUGACAGACACCUGUCCGUCACCGUCAACGCUCCCAGUGGCCUGUUAGUGUCGACUGUCGAUGACGCGAAGGGUCAGGUCAACUUUGAGGCUGAGGAGACAGGUUUCUAUCAGAUGUGUUUCAGCAACUUCCACAACCGUUUCGGCACCAUGCAGGUGUCCCUCAGCUUCGGCGUUUACUACGACGGCUACCAAGACCCCGCCAAGGGCAAAGAGGAAGAGGAGAAGAAGAAAGAGGAAGUCAGCCGAAAGCUGAACAACACACUGAGCAUCAUAGAGGACGCGACUCACAAAGUGGAGAACUACGUCUUCCACAUGUUCCGCUACUACAGCUUCGGUCGCAUGAGGAAGAGCGCUGACUACUUCCUGCUGCUGUCCAACUCGCAGUACAUCACCUGGUGGUCGACGGCGCUCAGCCUCCUCAUCGUCACCUCCGGGUACCUGCAGCUCCUCUUCCUCAAAAGACUCUUCAUCACCAAGACCUGCGCCGAGGACGAGAAGCCUCGCUGCUGACGCACUCCGUCACAGCAGAAACAGGCCAGAGAGAAACCAGCACCAGCAGAUCCGAGUCCAGCAAAUAUCCAGAUCUGCCUGCAUGUGCAUGAAGGACCUGGAACCACUAAUGAUACUAAAAGGCUGCAGCAGCCCUUUUUUAUUUCUGGUAUUGUAUUUGUGUCCUUUUGUGUUUCUUCACACAGUAAAAUUAAACGUUGCUCUUAGAUGAUCAUGUGACCAGUUUGUGGUGUUUUCUUCAGACCUCUAAAACCAGCAGGUGCAGUCAGGUUCAGUCACAUCUGUCUGAGUUCACACAUUUUUUCAGUUCGUCAUGGAGCACAUGGGAAACACCCUGGGCUUGUGCGUGGGGGGGGGGGGCAUCUACUGGAUGGCUGCUGAGGCGAAGGCCAAUAAGAAGCUCUGUCCUGUGUCUCUCAGGAAGAGUCAAAGCCCUGGAGGAGCUGGUUUGAGACCAUCAAACAAAGAGGCUCAGGCCAGAUCUCCACAGUCCCCGAGCUGGUCAAGAAAUGUGCCAAGAGCAAAACUGUGAAGAGCAACAGUGAGUUCAACAGUGUGAACGAAGGUCUGAGAGACACCUACCACGUCCUGUCCGGAGAUCUGCAGGUUGA